AGUUUGUUCAACAGUGUUGCUUUGCAGAAACAACACUUCCUUAUAAUUCAAACAUUUUUUUCAUAUCUAUUUAGUGCAUUACUAAAAUAAACAAAACUUGUUAAAACAGGGCAAUAUAAGGAACUUUUGAGAAUUUGUCAUAAUUGGGUAAGACACGCAGCGUUCGUGUCAUUAUGACUCAGACAGAGGAAACUUGCUUAGACACAACUACCGAGUGGUCGCUUCACUCAGACCAGACCUUGUUUCACACUCUCGUCUUACAUCUCAAGACACAAUCAGCAAACUAGUCAGUUGUCAACUCUGAAACUACGCUCCGGCUCUUUCUGUUAAACUACCAUGACAUCCAAUAGCAGUUCACAUCACUGCGGUAAUUCAACUCAGGACCUGGUGGCAAAUGUCCUUCCUCCUAUACUCAUCAUUGAGCUGUUACUCGGCCUGCCUGGCAAUGUCAUGGCACUGUGUAUCUUCGGCAAGAACUUUAGGACUUGGAGGGCCAAUGUCAUGUUCCUGUUCAACCUGGUUUUGUCUGACUUUCUGCUACUCAUCAGCCUACCCUUCCGCAUCGACAACUUCAUGCGUGGCGAGAAAUGGAUAUUUGGAGACGCCUGGUGUCGGAUCAACCUGUUCAUGCUGUCAGUCAACCGUUCAGCCAGCAUUGCCUUCAUGACCGCCGUGGCUGUUGACCGCUACUUUAAAGUGGUCCAUCCACAUCACAAAAUCAACUACAUAAGCACAAAACAAGCAGCCGGGAUUGCCUGCUUCAUCUGGGUUGUUGUGAUAUCCCUAAGAAUCCCUUUGCUGGCCAACAAACUUCUGUACAACAUCUCUUUUUGUAGGAGCUUUAGCAACUAUGAGAAACCAUCACUAGGUAUCCAACUGCAUUAUGUCGUCUUUAUCUUAGAGUUCUUUCUGCCUUUAUUACUCCUGGUCUUCUGCUCCAUGAGUAUUGCAUGGAUCCUACGUACACGCAAGAUGGACAAGGACAAGAAAGGGAAAAGGGCAGUUCGGACUGUUCUGGUGAUCGUUGGGGUUUUUGUCCUUUGCUUCUUUCCCAGCAUUGGCACAGGAUUGAUGGCACUCUAUUUAAAAAAGCUUGGAGAAAAGUACUGUAAUGCUUACACAUUCACCAGUCAGUUGUUUUCUACAUCCAUAGCCUUCACUUAUCUGAACAGUGCUCUGGACCCGAUCAUCUACUGCUUCUCCAGCUCUAUUUUCCGAAAUUAUUUGAAACGUGUUGUCAACCGAACUGGAAUCAUGGAGCUACAGAUGAGCCGACGUGCCAGUAUGCCCAGUGGAAGUGACUGAGAGUGGAUUGGGGAUUGAUGAGCAUUGGACAGUGUACAUACUGCUAAAUAUACUUUUAUUUUUUCCAUCAUAGUUUUGUCAAAUUCUCCUUUUUAAAACAUAUACAAAAUAUUGUAUUGUAUUUUUUUUUACAUAGAUUUUUAUACAGAUGCAUUACAAAGUUUUAUAAUACAUCAUAUACAUUAUCUGACUUAAAUAUAGUAAAUAUAUGAUAAAUGCAAAAGUGUCACAAGAAUGAUAAUAAAAAUAAAUCAAAUAAUUUUUUUUUUUUUUGAUGAAAUGAUCAGCCUAUGCCAGUCACGCUGUUUUCAUUCAAAUGAAAGUGUAAAUACACGUAGAAAACGUAUCAUUGUGUUGCAGCCAACACAAAAGAGUGUACGCAGUUUGUGUACAGCAGAUCUUCUCCAAAAUGGCGCUACGUGAUGCCGAGAGAGACAGAGGAGACAAAUUGUUGAAUAAAGUCAUUUUUUUCUUCCCAUACAAAAAGUAUUCUCAUCACUUCAUAAAAUUCAGAUUGAAUAACUGAUGGGAGAAGGACUAUUAUGACGACGCUUUUCAUACUUUCAUACUUUCUGAGAUAAAGACGCCACUUGCAGU